AUGGAGGGAAUAUCGCUUGAAAACCAUAGGGACCUCUCUGUUGCUUGUGAUAACCUGGUCCCGCUGAAGGUAGCGGCAUUGGUAUGGAGACUCUUGCAGAACAAGAUCCCCUCGAAGGAUAAUCUCAUUAAAAGAGGUUCUUUGAGCGAGUCUCACUCCGGGGGCUCAGUACUGUGUGGAAUGGCUGAGAGUGCAUCUCACCUAUUUUUCGACUGUCCUCUUUACUCUGCGGCGUGGCACAAAAUCCUUUCUUGGCUGAAUAUUUCCCCUGCUUUGCAUAAUUCUGCCCCAUCACAUUUAUGUCAAUUUACAAGGCUGCUAGGCAGAGGUAGGGUGAGGGAUAAAAUAUUUUCUGUUUUACGGUUUGCUUGUAUUUGGAUUUUGUGGAAAAAGAGAACGAAAAAGAUUUUUAGAAACUCAAGCGGAUCGACGGAUGUUUGGAUUGAAGAAAUCCAAGUUGUGGCUUGGAAAUGGUUAAAGUCUAAGCUGUAUGGUUUCAACUACUCCUUAAGCCAGUGGAUUUUAAAUCCAUUGGAUUGUUCCUAA